CGUCUUUGAUCAAAACAAGAGGCUUAAUUGCACCGACUAACGUUAUCCUCCAAGCAAACACCAACCCCACCAUGGAGCCAGUCCGUCCUUUGACCGACUUCCCUCCUUCCAUGUGGGGUGAUCGCUUCUUACCAUUCUCUCUUGACAAUUCACAGUUGGAAGAACUUGCUAAGGCUAUGGAGGAGCCUAAAGAACAACUGAGAAGAUUGAUAAUCUACCAAACUAUUAAUUCAACCAAGAAGCUAAGUUUGAUUUAUUACGUGUAUCGUCUUGGCUUGAGUUAUCAUUUCAUGGAAGACAUCGAUGGCCAACUUGAUAAACUUUUCAAAGAGCUGAACUUGCAAGAUUACCAUGAAGCAGAUCUUUAUACAAUUUCUAUUCUCUUUCAUGUUUUCAGAAGCCAUGGUUACAAACUACCUUCUGAUGUGUUUAAAAAAUUCAAGGAUUGUAGUUCCGGUGCAUUCAAAGAAGACAUGAUUACUAAUGUGAAGGCUACGCUAAAUUUUUAUGAGUGUACGCAGUUGAGAAUAAGAGGAGAAUCUAUUUUAGAUGAGGCAUUUGUUUUCACAGAAGCUCAACUUAAGAGUGUUGAAAAUACACUCGAAGGUAAUCUUGCACAGCAAGUGAAACACGCAUUGAAGACACCCUUUCAACGUGGGCAUACAAUGGUAGAGGCAAAGCUAUAUUUUCUUAAUUAUCAAGAAGAAUGCUCCACGUAUGACUCACUGCUAAACCUUGCUAAGGUGCACAUCAAGUGGUGGAAGGAUAUGAACUUCGACGUGAUAGCUCUAUAUGCAAGAAACAGAGUAACUGAGCUCUAUGUCUGGGUGUUGGCAUUAUUCUUGGAGCCUUAUUAUUCUCAUUCUCGAAUCAUAACAUCAAAAGUCAUAGUGUUCUUGUCAUUGUUAGACGACACAUAUGAUGCCUAUGCUACUAUUGAGGAGAUGCGACUUAUAACCCAUGCAAUAAAUAGGUGGGAAAUCAGUGCUAUGGGGCAACUUCCAGAAUUUUUUAAACCAUUCUAUGAAAUUAUAUUGAAGGAGUAUGAUGGAUUUAAGAAACAAAUACCUCAAAAAGGAAGAGUGAAUCUUGUUGAAGCUUCAAAACAUGCACUUCAAGAACAAGUUAGAUCUUACCACCAAGAAGCUGAAUGGAGACAUAUUGGAUAUGUGCCAUCAUUUGAAGAGUAUAUGAAGAAUGGUUUAAUAAGUUCUAGUUACGACCUUCUUUCAAAAACCGCCUUGGUUGGUAUGGGUAAGAUUGUUACUGAACAUGGAUUUGCUUGGCACAAAAGUCAUCCAAAGAUCUUGACAGCUUCGGAAACUAUUUCAAGACUUCAUGAUGAUGCUAAAACUUUCGAGUAUGAGCGUGAAAGAGGAAUGACAGCCACAGAAAUAGAUGCGUAUAUGAAGACCUUUGGGGUGUCAGAAAAUGUAGCUGUCAACGAGAUCAUGAAAAAGGUGGAAAAUGCAUGGGAAGAUAUUAACGAGGGAUGUUUAAAGCCAAGAGAAGUCCCAAUGGAUCUAAUUAGUCCAAUUGUUAAUCUUGCAAGAAUGACAGAUGUGGCAUAUAGGUACGAUGAUGGGUACACGUUUCCAGAAAAGACCUUUAAAGAGUAUAUUACACUCUUGUUCCUUGAUUGA